AGUUUCCUGGGGCCGUCGUGCUUGUGCCAUCCCUGAUUGGAGGUGCCCCUGACUGGUGACAGGAUGUAAUGCUUUGUUGGCCUCACCGGACUCUACUUUUAUUGUGCCUUAAUUGAAAAUGUUCUGCAUUAAUUCACAAACAUUUAUCUUUAAAAGUUAGGAGUUAGAAAUGGAGUCGAUAUAUCUUCAGAAGUACGUGGGGACGUGUCUAACUCAAGGUCUUGCAGAAGUGGCAAGAAUUCGCCCUGUGGAUCCAAUAGAAUAUUUAGCAUUGUGGAUUUGCAAGUAUAAGGAAAACGUGGCCAUGGAGCAACUGAGACAAAAGGAAAUGGCCAACUUGGAGCGUGAAAGAGAACUAGCUCUGAGGGAGCAGGAAAUGAUGGAGAGGCUCAGAGCAGAGGAGCUCAUGUUUCAGCAGCAACAGCUGGCAUUCCAGCUGGAGUUGGAAAUGCAAGAAAAAGAGAGACAGAGAAUAGAAGAACUACAGAGAGCUCAAGAACAAUUAGAGAAGGAGAUGAGAAUGAAUAUGGAAAAUAUAGCUAAGAGUGAAGAUACUUCACAUUCAGAGGAUACAGCAGCAGGCUCAGGCAAAACACUCGCUGAAAUUAGUGACCGAUAUGGGGCACCUAACCUGAGCAGAGUGGAGGAACUUGAUGAACCGAUGCUGUCUGAUGUUGCAUUAAACAUUGAUCAAGAUUUAUAGGAUCAACCAACCUAAGAGCAAUAAAUUUUUCUUCUUGUUUCAAGUUUCAAAA